UUGGUCUUCCUAUCAUGAAGUAGAGUACAUGUUCUUAUUCACGCAUCUAUGUACCAACUAUCAAUUACUUAGUUGUGUUGUCUAUCUAUAUAAGCAAAUACUACUUUGUUUGAAUUAUCUCAAGUGCAAUUGAAUUCUUUAAUAAAAAUAGCUAAACAACCUACAUAACACCCCUAAAAUAAAUUAAAUACAAAAAAAAAUGUUUCUCAACAACAUUGGUGCAGCAUUCAGUUACAUCCAACCACCACGACCCGAUCCGAAACAUGAAACCCGAAUCAUCUCCCCGCGCUUUCACUGCCGCCGUGAUUCGCCACCGUCUCCGGCGAAGGUACAUUGGGAGAAGGAAAACGUAAAGGCACAAUCAAUAUGCACUGCCGAUGAGCUUCACCGUGUCACUGUUCCAAACUCCGAUUGGAAACUUGCUCUCUGGCGCUACCUUCCUUCUCCCAAGGCGCCUUUGAGGAAUCACCCGCUUUUGUUGUUGUCAGGGGUUGCUACCAAUGCUAUUGGCUAUGAUCUCUCUCCUGAGUCUUCAUUUGCUCGGUACAUGUCGGCACAAGGAUUUGAUACAUGGACUCUUGAGGUUCGAGGUGCGGGGUUGAGCACAUAUGGACACAGCUUGGAGAAAGACGAGGAGUGUCUCACAGAUUCGUCUGAGAUAGAUUCUGCAAUUAAUGACAGUAAAAGUAGUGCUUUUGAAAGAGCGUUGGAAUUUAAGAACCUGGGUGCUUCCUUUGAAUCGGAAGAUAAAUAUGAGGAAUCACGGCCAACGGUGAGGUUGAUGGAGGUUCUUACAGGGAUGUCUGAACGGCUUUUAAGCUUUCUCGGUAGCGAUUUGUCGGAAGGGAGACACAACUCUGCAGUUGUUAGUCAGAUCAAGGAUUUCAAUCGGAGACUUCAAACUAUGAUCAAAGGUCAACAAAUUUUCCCACCGCAGAUUUUAGAGUUGCCGGACCGUUUUACUACCACUUUAGAAGAAUUUCAGAAACAGAUUGAGUUGAUUGUCAAAUAUGAUUGGGACUUUGAUCAUUAUCUUGAAGAAGAUGUACCUGCCGCGAUGGAGUAUAUAAAGGCUCAAUGCCAACCAAUGGAUGGAAAAUUACUCGCAAUUGGUCACUCAAUGGGGGGUAUCUUGUUGUACGCAAUGCUCUCGCGUUGUGGUUUUGAUGGAAAGGAUUCUGCGUUCGCAUCAGUUGUUACUUUGGCAUCAUCACUCGACUAUACACCUUCGAGAUCAUCUCUCAAAUGGCUUUUACCGCUGGCAAAACCUGUUCAGGCUUUAAACGUACCGGUUAUUCCAGUUGGACCACUGAUUGCUUCCGCAUACCCUCUUGCGAUAAAUCCUCCGUAUGUUUUAUCUUGGCUAAAUUCUCAGAUUUCAGCUCAAGACAUGAUGGAUCAAAAAUUGUUUGAGAAACUUGUUUUGAAUAACUUCUGUACCGUGCCUUCUAAGCUUCUCUUGCAGUUAAAAACAGUGUUACAGAACGGCGGUUUACGCGACAGGAGUGGAACGUUCUUCUACAAGGAUCAUCUCUGCAAAAGUAAAGUUCCUGUUUUAGCAAUUGCUGGUGACCAGGACUUAAUCUGCCCCCCAGAAGCUGUAUAUGAAACGGUGAAGCUUAUUCCUGAGGAACUGGUUACAUACAAAGUCUUUGGGGAGUUUGGAGAUCCACACUAUGCCCACUAUGACUUAGUCGGUGGCCGAUCGGCAGCAGAUCAACUUUAUCCAUGUAUAACCGAAUUCCUCACUCAUCAUGACAUGUCGUAAUCGGUCGCUCUUCCAUAAUACUACCAUUCUUCUCUACAUUCUAUAAUAUAUCUAUAAUAUAUGAAGAUUCUCGUAGAGAACAUUUACACAUGUAACUGUAAAUAGAGUAUACAAGGUCACAGUUAUCUCAAGAACUCUGCACAAAUUCUUUGAUGGUUGUACUAAAUCAUUCAAACUUUAUCAGAAUGCUAAAGAAGCAUGUAUUAGGAAUUAACCUUUGUUUGUAAAUAAAUUGCAACACUUUUGCAAACUUAGUAGGAAGUGAAGUUGUAAUCCAAUCUGUUUUUAUUAAGUCAAUUGUUAAUUUUAUAGAAUA